AUGUCUCGUGAGUGUGUCGCCACAGUGACGUCUCCUCUGACACCACCCUCAGGCCAAACGUACUUCUACACAAAGAAGGGAACACUUUAUUUUUAAUAAAAGUCUGGCCAAUACAAUUUCAAGUUGGCAAUACAAAACUGUACAUAAUGCAGACUAAGCUUGAGGAUACAAAAAAAUACAUUAAUAAAUUAAAAGAAACCACAAAGUGCAGGAGUCUAAUGAGGAAGCUACAGACCCCGGGAAGGGACAUGGACGGGGGGAAGAGAUGCACCUAUGUGUAGGUUUUGAGUGUUUUCCCUCCGUGUCUCUGUACGAAGCAGACAAUGCACAUUUUGUAAAUAAAUGAAGAGGUUCCCAAACUUCUGCCAGCGUGCCUCCCUCUAAGUCUCUCGGGUCAUAAUCACUUCAAGUGUCUUGUGCUUUUUUUUUUUAACUUAUUUAACUUUGUGGAGCUUCUCUUGCAAAACGCCCAUGAAAUCGCUUGAGCUCUCACUGUGAAUGAAAUUGCCCACAGUCACAUGCUGGUGCGUUUGGUAACGAACGAGGGGGACUCCCAUGCUGCAUAAGAAACAGUGGGCCGCUUGUCUUGAAAGUGUUGCUUCGCCUCCACCGCUGGCAAAUGUCUUGAUAGGCUUGUACUGAAUUACACUAAUCUUUUAAAGAACCCCGGCUGCCCGGAGUUCCUCUGGUCUGGGGGAGAACAAGACACAUUUUUAAAGAGUCCAAUUUAUUUUUUAUCAUUUUUCCAGUGUUUUAUUUAUUUGCUUUUCCGUUGUGGAUCAGUGUCGGCUUGCGUUGGAAUGACCACAGCCCUGAGGAGAGUGUACCACAUCACAGCGUUCAGCUGGUACGCUUUUGUUGUGAAGAGUCUUGCUGCGAAGGAUGGUGAGGAGCUACCACCGGGCAUCUUUGUUUAUGGAGGACCGUGGAAGUACCUGACUUUUUUGAAUGUGCUAUUGCAGAUGACAUUCUUUGGACUGGCAGCAAUGAAUGAUCUACAGCCUGGGGAAAAAUCCAAGAGUACUCUGAGCAGAUGUAAAGACCUGCUCUUCUCUGUCUUUGCCUUCCCUGUGGGCAUGUUUGUUGUUCUACUUUUCUGGACAAUCUUUAUCUAUGACAGAGAGUUAGUCUACCCAGCAAGUAUUGACACCUUCUUCCCUCCAUGGAUGAAUCACGCCAUGCACACGUUCGUGCUGCCUGUGUUACUCGGAGAAGUGCUGGUGCAGCCGCAUGUCUACCCAAAGACCAAACACGCGCUGGCAGCGUUGGGAGCUGUGGGCUUGGCUUACUCGUUUUGGAUUCUAUGGGUGUACUUGUCUGUUGGGAUCUGGGUGUAUCCCCUCCUUGGCCACUUCAGCACUUCUGGUCUAGUGGGCUUCUUCUUUUUCAACAUGUCGGUGGUGACCUUGUUCUACCUGCUGGGCGACAAGCUCAACAGCCGCGUGUGGAGUAAGGACAUGAAGUGACUCGCAGACUCUCUGCCAGACGAAAAAAUGGUUAAAUACAGUAGUAACCCCUUAAAGUGAUGAAACGUUUGAGAGAAGGAAAUAACCCACCUUUUGCAUCCACAAAUGUAAAAGUUGAAUACACGAAUAAUAAAGCGCACACUGGUUCAGUUCAGUGACA